CAUAUGUCAAACAGUCGAUGAUUGUGUGGGUAUCGCGUCGCUUCUUGCCACGCGUUGUUGCGUACCACUGUGUGCUAUAUGUAGAAGGGUAUCCAUUAGGCAACUUUAGAUCCAAUGUAUAAACGUUUACGCAACAAAAUACAAAACGUAAUUUUUUUGAAGGCAUUCUAGUAUUCUUACAGUUUAAAAUUUUUGAAAGUUAUGUCUAUACAAAUGUAAACAGUGCAGAAAUUGUCGAAUGAGUCGCAGUUUAUUAUAUCAGUUUUGAACAUGUCACAAUACGAAGAUGUCAUUUUGGAAGCCAAGAAGAAAGAAGAAAUUUUAUCAGAGUUGGGUGGAAUACGACAUCGUAUUCCAUGGAGUGAUCGUGUAUUGCUAAAUAGUGAAAUACCUGGUUUACACGAAGUUACAGAAUUAUUAGACGAUGAUGAUGCAAGCUGUUUGGCAGAAGAGGAAGAUGGAGUUGGAUGUCCUUUGCCUUCAACUCCAGAAGAUGAUCAUCUUUUGGAUUGUGAGAUGACUGAAGUGUUGAAAGCAGGCGUAUUAAGUGAUGAAAUUGAUCUAGGUGCGUUAGCUCAUAAUGCAGCAGAGCAAGCUGAAGAAUUUGUUCGAAAGGUAUGGGAGGCAUCUUGGAAACAAUGUCAUUUUAGAAAUUUGCCACGAUGGCUGCAGGAUAAUGAUUUUUUACAUGCUGGUCAUAGGCCACCAUUACCUUCGUUUUAUGCAUGUUUCAAAAGUAUUUUUCGAAUUCAUACUGAAACUGGCAAUAUUUGGACACAUUUGUUAGGCUGCGUUGCCUUUAUUGGUAUAGCUAUAUUUUUUCUAACGCAACCUCCUAUAGAAAUUCAAUUGGAAGAAAAAUUGGUAUUUGGUACCUUCUUUGCUGGUGCUAUAAUUUGCCUAGGAAUGUCAUUUGCCUUUCACACAGUUCAUUGCCACAGCGAAUGUGUUGGAAAGCUAUUUUCAAAGUUAGAUUAUUGUGGCAUAGCUAUGCUUAUUAUGGGUAGUUUUGUACCAUGGCUUUACUAUGGAUUUUAUUGUGACUAUCAACCUAAAUUAAUUUAUCUAUCUGUGGUGGUUGUCCUUGGUAUAACCAGUAUCGUAGUAUCUUUAUGGGAGAGGUUUGGUGAACCAAACUAUCGUCCACUCAGAGCCGGAGUUUUUAUGGGAUUUGGACUUAGUGGGGUAAUACCAGCUGUACAUUAUGCUGUCGCCGAAGGUUGGUUUAAGGCGAUUAGCCAAGCCUCCCUUGGUUGGUUGAUAUUAAUGGGAUGUUUGUAUAUAUUAGGUGCAUUAUUUUAUGCUUUAAGGGUGCCUGAACGUUUUUUCCCAGGAAAGUUUGAUAUUUGGUUUCAGAGCCAUCAAAUCUUCCAUGUAUUAGUGAUUGCAGCUGCUUUUGUGCACUAUCACGGUAUUACGGAAAUGGCGAUGCAUAGAAUGACAAUAGGCGACUGCACAAAUCCAUCGCAGGUGUUAGCUUUUUAAAUCUACUGGCAUAUACCUUCAUCUUGUUGAUAACUUUCAUGUCAUUAACUGACAAAGACUCCUAAAUCUUAUGUUAUAAAUCUGUGCUGUUGAGAAAUAUGGUAAAUAUGGUGUGAAGUAAGAUGAAUUUAUUUAAGUAAGAUGAAUAUAUUUAUAAUCUCAUUUAUUUGUGUUAGAUUAUGGUUUAAAAUGUUACUUAUUUAAUUGUUUUUAUUAGUUUUAAGAAGUUACUUUUGAAAAUAUGUAUAUUUAUAUGAAAUUAAGAAUUAUUAGUGUUGUAUGGAAAGGUUAUUUACAAUUUAUUUAAAACUAAUUUUAUUGGAAUAUAUUAAUGCUCUUUUUAAGAGUACCAUCGACCAAAUUAUGGCACUAUAAAACUAUAUAAACAAAGUUUCAGAGUGAAUAAUUAUAUUAAAGUGUGUUAUUUAAACUGAAAUAUUCUGAAUUUUUCGGAUCCCGAGAUAAAAUUUUGCAUAUUAUUUUCAAAAAUGCGAGUGCAAUCUGAAUUUGAAUAAUGUAAACAAAAUAAAAUUCCGAAAUAAGUACUUAAGUGUAAACUUAAA